GUGUACAAUACCACCGCCAACCCACCUAAAAAUCAACCACAUUUUGGCUCGCUUCUUUCACAGUGGCGCACAACGAAUCCUCCUUUUCUUCAGCUGCAGAAUCGCCACCAGCCUUCAAAAUCAGCCGCUACUACAGCCUGACCACCUCAAGAAACAGCCUCCCCUGAAUACACUAGGCGGUGUGCUCCGCAACUCACAAACAAUAUGGCAACAACAGCAUCCCCAUCCCGCGUCAAUGCGGUCUACUAUCCAUCAUGGCGCGUCUACCGCGGCCUGACACCCUCGUCCAUGGAUCUGGGCCGCAUCACCCACAUCAUUUACGCAUUUCUCCGCGUAAACAAAGACGGCAGUCUCCGUCACAUCGACCGCUACGCCGACAUGACCCUUCCAAUCCCCUCUGAAAAUGUGAUGGGCGCCCUCGCGGCCCUCGCGCGCGUCAAGACCACACAUCCCCACAUCCGCACCCUUAUCUCGAUCGGCGGCGGCGCCGGGAGCGCUGAGUUCCCGUUUCUCGCUGCGGACCCCUCUGCGGUGGCCAGAUUUACUGUGGAAACCAGGGCCUUUAUUGAAAAGUGGAGUUUCGAUGGUGUCGAUCUGGACUGGGAACACCCCGCCAAUCCCACCCAAGCAUCGCACUACCUGGCGCUACUGCGAUCGUUCCGCUACGCGCUCCCCGCGCCGCGCUACCUCCUCACCACGGCCCUGCCAACGGGGCAGUACAUCCUCAAGCACCUAGACCUCGGCGGGCUCAACGACGUGGUCGACUACGUCAACCUCAUGGCCUACGACUUCUUCGGGCCCUGGACCAAGACUGCAGGCCACCACGCGCAGCUGCACUGUCCCCCCGGCGGAGAGGGACCGGCAGCAGCAGGUAAAUCAGCCGCGUCUGGCGUCGGGUUCUCAAUCCAGAACGGCCUCGACCCUGCCAAGAUUGUGCUGGGCAUCCCGCUGUACGCGCGAACUUUCAAACUCGGCGUCCCCAACAACAGCAAAGAAGCUUGCGGCACGAUUGAAUACCGCGAUUUACAGCGCGAGUGGGUCCAGAACGCGACCGUGUGUAAGCUUACGGGCGCGGCGAGCUAUCUGUGUGAGAGGGAGGAGGGGACUCAGAUGCUAGUGAGUUUUGAUGUGCCUGAGACGUUGAGGAUGAAGGCGGCGUAUGUGAGGAGCAAGGGCCUAGGUGGGUUGUUUUACUGGACCGGGACGGGGGAUAGGGAUGGCGCGGAGGAGGGAUUGGUUGGUGUUGGGUUUGCGGAGAUGAGGAAGUGAAGUGGUCAGGUAGUAACUACCUAGGGUACACGUGUUGGGAAGGUUGAGAGGCAGGGUUGCGGUUUGGUCUGGGUCUGGUCGAUUUACCUUGUUCUCAGGCUGGGCUGGCGGACGAGAAAUUUGAUGUCUCAAUGACUCUGGAAAGGUCAGCUGGAAGACUGCCCUAGGUG